AUGUCAACGCCUGUACACGAGAUAUCUGAACCGUCAUAUACGCAGCCGGACAGAAGGCCGAGGUCAGAUUCUUCGCCGACGAUUGACGAAGACACCUACGUCCAUGACGGUUCGCAACUCCACGAUGGAGCUCACCGAGCCCAGCAUGGGGCUCAUCUCCAAGUUGAUACCACUUUCCAAGACUUCGACAAAACAAGUCGAUCGCCCUCCGCGGCACGAGAGCAGGCUAUGCGACUUGAGGACGAUUUAGCAGUACUUGAAGCUGAACGAGUGGCCUCGCGCUCGACUCAUGGAACCGAGAAGGACGGCCGAAGCGGUGAUGUCCACUCUUUGAGUCACUCCCGUUCACGCCGGGCGGAAGACGUUGAUGAGUUUGACGAAGCCACGAAUCCAUUGCACGAGAAGGCUGCUGUCUACAAUCCACCUGAGAAUCCCUCUACUGGUAUUUCGAAAUUCAUCAAACGAGUCCACGAAUCCAGCUUCAUCGUCCGUUAUUUCACUUACAUUGUGCCUCUUGUUUUGAUACUACUCAUUCCCCUCCUAGUCGGCGCACUGGCCUUUCCAGAUGCAAGCGUGGGUGGUGUCGAAUUACUGUGGUUCUCCGUCUGGUUGGAAAUCGUUUGGUUGACGCUGUGGGCUGGAAGAAUUGUUGCUAAACUUCUGCCUACUCCUGUCAACUUAAUUGCCAGCAUCUUCACCAACAGUUCCAAGAAAUGGCGCGAUGUCGCCAAACAGCUGGAGCUGCCUGUCACUCUCUUCCUCUGGUGGCUCGGUGUGGAGAUUUCUUUCUUGCCUACCAUGAAAAAUCACCAUGUUGACGGGAACAACCGCACUAGAAGCUGGGAGAACACACUCAACAAGAUUAUCAUCUCAAUAUUCGUCUGGACUAUUCUGAAUCUCGUUGAAAAGUUCCUCCUUCAGCUCAUCGCCAUGAGCUUUCACAAACGAACGUACUCGGACCGGAUUGAGAUCAACAAGUUUCAGAUUGGCAGUCUAACUAAGUUGUACGCCUUCUCUCGGGACAGGAUCACGGAGACCGACGAAGCUUUCGAGGAGAAGCAGGACAAGUCAGGAAGUGGGACUAAGACUCCUUUGCAUUACGCAGGAAAGGCCAGGGGCAUUGCUCUCGGCGCGUUGAGCAAAGUCGGAGACGUUGCUGGAGCGGUUGCGGCUGACUUCACUGGCCGAAAAGUCAACAGCAGCAGUCAUCCUUCUCAGGUCGUUCUCGCUCUAUUGCGAACAACGGCGGGCUGCCAGACCUUGGCACGACGCCUCUACCGUACCUUCGUUCGUGAAGGUUUCGAUACUGUAUUCCCCGGCGAUCUCAAAGAGGCAUUUGACGACAAUGAUGAGGCCGAGGCAGCCUUUAGCAUGUUCGACAAGGAUAUGAACGGUGACAUCUCCAUGGAGGAACUGGAGGCAGUCUGUGUAGAGAUUGGUCGCGAACGCAAGGCCAUCACUGCGUCUCUGAAGGAUCUCGAUUCAGUCGUUUCUAGGCUCGGCAAUGUCUUCGAGUUCUUUGUUGCCGUUAUCGCUAUCAUCGUGUUCCUCACCCUCAUCUCAACUUCUGCUGCUGGUGUCCUUACAUCGGCCGGUUCCAGUAUUCUCGCCCUGUCUUGGCUCUUCUCCGCUACGGCUCAGGAAUUCCUUCAGUCUGUCGUUUUCGUCUUCGUCAAGCAUCCCUUCGAUGUUGGUGACCGUGUCACUAUCUACGGUAAUUCUGGUGAUGCCGGUCUGGGCGACGAUUACUACGUCAAGCAAAUCUCGCUUCUCUAUACCGAAUUCAAAAAGAUGCAGGGGCACAUCGUCCAGGCGCCGAACAGCUAUCUGAAUACCUUGUUCGUUCUCAACCAGCGAAGAUCCGGAGCGCUUGCGGAAGCUGUCCCCAUCAUUAUCAAAUACGGCACCACUUUGGAGCAAAUGGAUGCGCUUCGCCAACGUCUUCUCGAAUUUGUCCGAAGUGAACGUCGUGAGUUCCAGAUGAACAUUCUGACCGAGCUACGCGCAGUCACUGAGAACUUCUCCGUCACUCUCAAUGUCGUCUUUUUCUACAAAUCCAACUGGCAGAAUGAAGGUCUACGUCUUCAGCGCCGUAACAAGUUCAUUUGCAUGCUCAUGGUUGCGUUGCAAGAGAUUGGCAUUGAAGGACCUCGCAUGAACCUCCAGGGUGCCAGUAUCGAUAUUCCUUAUCACGUUGCUGGUUAUCCUCCACCCUACCAGGCUCGAGACGCUGCUCACCCAGCCAACGAUGACAGCUCGCACCCACCACCUACCCCGUUGAGUGGCGACGAGCACCACCAACCCGGCCACAGUCCCUCCAUUCGCCGUCCCUCAAUUCUCCGCAAGGGUAUGACUACUGCCAACGCCAGAGCUCGCGGCGUGUCCAUUUCCUCUCGAAAGCACGUAGACUUCUCGCUCGGUAUGCGCGAUGUCGCCACCAACGACAUCAUGGGCGAUGUGUUUGAAGCACGCAGUCCCGUCAACGAAUCUACCCUCCGACACGUAAUUGCCGAGCGCCGAAUCCAGGAGGAAGAGGCUGAACGGCGGAGCACAGAACUCUCUCGUCAACAAACCUCGAAUUCUCGUACUAAUCUCAGCGUACCGAGUAACUCCCACGAGGGUCGGCGCUCCACCGAUUCCCAAGGCGGACACAGUCUAUCCUCCCUCAGCCGCAAUCGAUUCUUCCGUCAUCGAGCCAACUCCCGCAGCAGCCGACAGGAAGACCUGAUGGAGCAAGGUCGUUCUUCAGAGCAAGGUUCUUCCUCGGCGGCCGCCAUCCGUCCUCUUUCGCCUUCCUAUCAUCCUGACGAGAAGAGGCUAUGA